AAUUUAAGCUUGUGUUUCCAGAAGUUGCGAGAUGCGGGUGUGAUUGUUAAAUUAGUACUAAAGUCUGAGGGAAGUCAGUAGUUUAGCGAAAAUAAUUUUUGAAGGAGUUUCGUUGUUUGCUGUACAGACUGUGAUAUAGAUUGUGUCACCAUCUAAUUCUUAAUUUUCGAGGACCCUCUCAGCGUCUACCGGUCACUCGAAAUGGCUAAGUGGGGUGAAGGUGAUCCCCGAUGGAUUGUUGAAGAACGACCAGAUGCAACAAAUGUCAACAACUGGCAUUGGACAGAAAAGAAUGCCUGCCAGUGGUCUGUUGAUAAACUCAAAGAAUUGUUGACAGGUCUGAAAAUUGAAAAUGCACUUGCUAAAUGUUGUAUAACAGAGGUGGAGAAAUGUGAGGGAGAAGCAGUAGCAAACAACAGAAAAGGGAAAUUAAUAUUUUUUUAUGAAUGGGAAUUGAAGCUAAAAUGGAAAGGUUGUCUUCUUGAUUCAAAGAACACAGAAAUAGAAGGCACGGCAGAAAUUCCUAAUUUGAGCGAAGAGUAUGAUGCAUCAGAAGUUGAUGUAGACUUCAGUGUAAAAACUCACAGUGUGGAGGCUGACAGGCUGAAAGAAAUUAUCGCCAAAGAUGCAAGGGAUGUUAUUCGAAGUCAGUUGGCAAAAUAUAUAAAAGCAUUAAGGGAAGAAUUUGCUAAGGGCAUGAUACUGCCAAAGAAAGAGGAUGAGCAAGCAACAAAACAAGACAGCCUUGCUAGCUUAACUGCUGGUUUCAAAAGCAAGGUUCAAAUGGACAGUCCAAGCAAAGAAGGGUCAUCAAAGAAACUGAGCACAACUACUUUGACAAUGUCUGUGAAGCUCCAGUGCAGGAAGGAAGAAGUUUACAAUGCUCUCACAAGUAUUGAGCUAGUACAGGCAUUCACCAAUGGUCCUGUUGUAAUGGAAGUGAAACCUGGUGGAAAAUUCGAGCUCUUUGGUGGAAACAUACAUGGAGAAUUUUUGGAGUUGGUUCCUAAUGCUAAGAUCUGUCAGAAAUGGAGGUUCAAGGGAUGGCCCGAUGGUCAUUUCUCAGACGUCACAAUGGACAUAGAGGAGCUAUCGGACUGUACGGAGGUGAAACUGGUACAGAAGGAUGUGCCAGAAAGUGAAAUGGAUACUACUAAAGAAAACUGGAAUCGGUACUACUGGGAUGCUAUGAGGAAAACAUUUGGAUUUGGAGCAUUCUUCGUGUGACUGGUGGAUAUUAAUCACAAAGUUUGCAGGAGGAACUGACCAUUCAUGCAUUCUUUUUUUUUUUAUUAUUUAAUCUUUAGAGACUCAUCAGUUGUGUGUUAAAUCUUGUGAGCAAUAAUAACUGGUACCCUGUUGUGUUGCGCUACAAUUUAUAUGAAACUAUUGCGAGUGUGUUAAGUUAUUGUUGCUUGAGGACAUUAUUAGUAUUUGUAUUCGGACUGGUUGGCUUGUAGGUUGCAGCCUUCUACGAGAAGAAAACAAAUGUUUGCAGAACGUACUGUUGUGUGUUUAAUUGUAAUAUACGACAUUCAUCAUAAGAAUAAACCUCAUGUAAACAA